AUGUGUCAGAACAAUAAUUACCCUGAGAAUGGGAUUUGUCAUUCAUGUACACUAAUUCCAAAUUGCCAAAAUUGUAGUUCUAUAGAAAAAAUAUGUACUGUAUGUGUAGGUGAUUUUUUAAUUACAAAUGGUGAAUGUAUAUGUCGCUCCGGUUUUUAUUUGAAUGAAGUAAACGGGUGUUCACGAUGUUAUGAAAGAAUUGAAAAUUGCAAAAUAUGUUAUCAAAAUAAUAAUGAAAUAAGAUGUCAAACUUGUUAUGAACCUUAUGUAGUUGAUGCUAAUGGUACAUGCACAUUAUGUAAAUCUGACAAAUAUUAUUAUAAUAAUAACUUUUGUGUUUUUUUAGAUACAAAUUGUGAAAUACAGACAUCUGAAUUAAAAUGUCUCAAAUGUCAACAAAAUAAUUAUUUAAUUAACCAAAAUUGUAUUUCAAAUAUAGAAGAUGUAAAUUGCAAAGAAAAAAGUUUGGCUGGUUGUCAAGAGUGUUCGAAUGGUAUUUCAAUAAACAAUUAUUGUGAAAAUUCAAUAAGCAAUUGCAAAUAUAUUUUGUCGACUAAUAGUGAUGUAAAAUCCAAGUGUUUUCAGUGUACAGAUAAUUACAUACUUUUUUCAAAUAAAACAUGCAAUAGUGUAAACAAUGAUAUUCUAUCAAUGAGAAACAACGUGGUUUAUUUAUGCGAUAAAAAUGGAUACAUUGAUAUGAAAAACAAAUGUCAAAAUUGUUUUAAUAACAAUACAACAAAAUGUAAAUUAUUUGGAAACCAAUUUAAUGCUAUUCAAUGUGUAAACAAUUCAAUAUUAAACAUAGAAGACAAAAGUUGUUUUUAUGAUAAUAAUUGUGUAACCAUUUCGUCAAAUGACUGUGUAAAAUGUAAUUCAAACUCAAAUUAUUAUAUCAGUGACAACAAAUGCGUUUUGAAUGUUAUUGACAAAUGUGAUAAAUGUCAUAACAAUAGUUGUGUUAUUUGUAGUGUCGGAUAUUUAUUGCAAAAAGGAGUUUGCCAAGAAAUGUCAGUUUAUAAUUGUGUAAAAUCUAAUGGAUUUUCAUGUCUUCAGUGUGUUGAAAAUUACAGCCGAAAUAACACAACAAUAGAUCAAACUUAUUGUACACAAAAUGAUAAUCAAAUUAAAUACUCCAUUACUAAUUUUAACAACAAAAUUGUUAUUUUGGAGUGUACAAAUACUAACUAUUUAUGGAAACAAAACUGCUUUUUAAUAACAUCGUACACUUCAUUUAUUAAGUUUGAAAAAACAAUUAAAAAAGAAAUAAUUGACAACACCAAUUGUGAAAUUAUGACUUCAAAGGGGUGUUUAAAGUGUAUAGAUAUGUUCUAUUUAAACACAACAAAUAACGAAUGUCUUCCAUGUGUUAACUCAACUUCAAAUUGUUUAAGUUGUUCUAACUCGACACACUGUCUUACAUGUAAGACAACAAGCUAUUUUCUUAACAAAGAAAAUAAGUGCGAAUUGAUAAGCGAACUUGAAACCCGAUGUAUUGUUAUGUUACCUUCACGAAGUGGGUGUGUGACGUGUAAAGAUGGAUAUUACUCCGGCGACUGUCUUCCAUGCAAUUCAACUUGUAAAACAUGUCAAGUCGCUACAAAGUGUUUAUCAUGUCAAGAAAAUUUCUUUAAAAUUGGGAGCGACACUUCUUUAUGUAUAAGUUAUGAUUUACUUUUAAAUUGA